CUGCUACAGAUACGAGGUGACACGACCCUCCUGAGGGGGCUGCUCUUAGACCUCACUCAUGUGGAUGACAGCUGGACUUCGGUGUGACAGAGACAGUAAACAAUGAAGAGGAAGGGAACCACCAGCAGCUUUUCCCAGCCUAAAAGAAGAGAGGAGGAAGAGCAUCCCAGAGAGGAGAUGGAGGAGGAAGAGUUCAAAGAAAUGAAGGCAUGCAGAGCUCAGACAGAGAAAGAAACUCAAACCAGUUCUUCGUAUCUCAGCAGCCAAAGAAUCGACUUUCAUCCAGCACUGCCUAAUAUAAUCCAGGAAUGUGAGAGUUCAAUAGAGGAAAGAAAAAAAAGAACUUUCCUCCUAGUUGCCACCACAACCCUCGGCUCAGCAGGAUGGAUGUAACAAUGGGCGGUGAUUGGACGGAUCAAUCAGUGGAUGGAUGUAAAACCAUUUCACCAGGUGAUCAAAUGACAGCGGUGUCAUCUUUGUUCGCUUUAAUUGCACCUCAUGGGACAAUGCCUUCACCCACUGCCGUCUCCUGGAGACCACAAAUUUCUGCUUCCCGAGCUCAUCCCAGAGAAUGUGUCGUGUGCACCCUCCGAACUCAAAAAACCUUCUUUCAUAAUUGCUGCUGUUUUCUUAACACACAACCAGUUGUUUUCAUAAAUUCAGAUGCACUAUGUGCUUUGUGUCCUUUGGGAAUAAUCAUCAGAAGAGAUGUUUAAUAGACUUUUGCUGAUGUUUGACAGUACAUUACUUUGACAUAUACAUAAGAAGAAGAAGACGUGUUGUUUCAUUAAAGGUAAACUCAGCAUGUAGGAAAUUAAAAUUCAAUGCACACCGCAACAGAAAAAUAGCAAACCAUCAAAUACAGGGAAGUGCAAAAACAACAGGAGGCAGACGGAGGGAGAAAAACACCAGCAUCAGAAUGAAUAUAAAUAUUAGAAGAACAGUUUGGAUCAUAUAGUGCAAUAGUUCAACUGAUGAGAACUAGAGUAAUUCUUAUUAUUAAAUCUUGAAAAAAAGUCAGUCUUUGUGUCUUUCUGCCUGUACAUUUUUAUUUGUUUUUUAAAAUUAGUUUAAUAAUUAACUUCUUUCUUUCUUUCUUUCUUUCCGUUCGAGGCAACGUCUCCGUUGUCGUGGCGACACUGCUGUCAACCGAAGCCCGUUGCUAAGCGACAGCCGUAACUUCACCGAGGGGACGUAGAAAACGCUGGAGCUACUUUUACGGUUAUUCGGCGGUCUGUAGGGUCGUUUUGGUCUACUUUAGUCAGUUUUCUUGUCGCUAGAAUGAGCGAACAACCGGCCGGUGAGGAGAGUAAAGUUGGAAAAUGUCUCCUGAGCAACCGGGUUGAAGAGAGAGCCUCUGCAGGUCUUGAUGCAGAGGAGACAAAGAUACACAUCCAGAGACAUGGACACAAAGGGAUCCUCACUAUGGACCAGGAGUCUAAAAUGGAGACCAUGACUACACUGAAAGCAGCUUAUGCAGCCCCCAAGAGUCCAGGGGUGAGGUUACGGGGCAUCAGAGGCGAGCUUUUGGAAAAACACAUUGCCCAGAUGAUAAGCGAGAAGCUUCAUGCUGAACGGAAUCCGCCGAUACCCAAAACUGAAUACUGCUCCACAACCCAGACGGAUUUCUGUGUCAAGGGAUUUGUGUCUUCUACACCUGAAACAACACAAGUACAUGAUUAUAAAACUGACCAGGCCAUCUCAUUUUGGAGUGAAAAUUACCAGCGGGUACAGGGUGUAACCGCCGCUCAGACCUCUCAAGCACCUUUCAGGAAGUCAGCCAAGUUCAGCACUCCCAUCAGCGAGCGGCUGGAUGAACCCAAGCUCCCAGCUGACGACUGAGACAGUAUGUUAUUACCACUUGAAAGGUUACUUUAAAGGUUAAGAUUAAUUCCUAGUUAAUUACUAGCCCUCUCUUUUUUUAAAACUGCAUCCCCAGAGCUCAUCUCACAGCGACUCUGACACCUGUGAACGGAAAACAAACACAUUAUUUACUGCAGUAAAAAACAGCGAAGCAACAACAUAUCGAAUAUAUAGAGACUUAUGCAAACUGCCAGUUUUCUGCUGCUAAUCCUGCAAAUAUUCACUGAAACAUGUAAAUAUCAUAACCACACGGGAACAGAUUGGAUGAGUAAAUCUGUAUGGAAAAUCAAGCACCAGAUGUUAUUUUCAGGUUUACUUUAGCUAUAAAUUUGUACUAAACUGUAUGAAGUGAACGUUUAUACAUCACCAAAUUAAAGCACAUUGCACCACACAAACUAGCUCUCAUGUACUAGUUGUUACUAAAUAUUUACUGAGUUUAUAAUACCGCAGAAUACGACAGUAUGACUCAUUUUGCAGUGUUGAGACAAUCGUAAAGUCAGACUUAAUGAGCCACUGUGGUGAAGAACAUUAGGUCCAUGAAUCCUACUUACUCUGAAUCACAUUUAUUUGUCUGCACUGUAAGAAAUUUCCCUGUAAAAGUAUUUUUAGUGUUACAAUUGCAAUUUACUUAAACAGCCAAUUACAGUAUAACUGAUUACUUGCAGCACUCUGCGGUCGUAUUUGAGGUUUACCAUUUAAUGCUGUGACUAGACUUUCCAAUAAUAGCUGUAUUUAUAUGUUAAAUAAGCAACAUUAACUGUAGUUACAUGGGGCCUGGACCACCAAUUGGGCUCCAGGAAUGAGCAGAAGACUCAUAGCUUCUUCAUAUAAGCAGCGUUGGUCAUAUAAAGCCAUAAAAGUCAACAUUAAAAUUCUGAAAUCAGUGCAAAAGCAAACAGGGAGCUUGUGCACGGAGGCCUGAAUGGGAGUUAAAUGAUGUUGUUUAUUUGAAGCGGGGAUGCUCCUGGCAGCAGCAUUUUGAAUCCACUGAAGGCGAUGAAGGGAAGCCUGAGUAAUAACUGUGUAAAGGACAUUACAGAAAUCCAGACGGGGAAAGCUGAAGUACUUUCUGUACCUGUACCUCACUGUUGUUUAUACUGCUUCCUCAUGCUGCCUGGCCCUGGGUUUGUUUACAAGUUCCAUUCAUCUUUUUCCAUAAUUUCUCUUUUGCCUUCUGCAACCUCUAAUUACUGCAAUCAAACGGUGCUGAGCAACCAAAAGCCGCAUUUUCCUCCUACACCGAGAAUAUCUUGCUGUCGUCCUUGAGCAGAAUAACAAGAAAAAUAGCACAGACGAGCGCUUCACCACCUUUUACAGAGAUUUGUACUGAGGCGACCAGAUAACAGUGUUUAGGACGUGUAGCAGAUGGGCACAAAUGUCCUGAACUGACCAGACAAUUUGCUGCAUGUCAUCCCCCAUUUCUCUCCACCAAUGCCAUCAAAUAAAGGCUUAAAAAAAGACUCAAAAAGAGAAAAACGUGUACUUACAGGACUGUGCAGUAUAAAGACAUGUAACAUUACGUAACAUCGUUGGGAAUCACCAUUUAUGUUACAGAGUCACAUACGUGUUCUGUCAAUCAGAGGACGACUCCAGCCUGUAGUUCUUUUCUGAGCUUUCAGUAGGGAUUAGAAGGCGGUAGCUAUGGUGACAAGUAAUUUUAGCUUAUAUUUAUGCAGCUUUUUCUCUCCAAACAUUUCAUUAUCUCAGGGGGUGAUAGAGGAAAACCAAUUUGCUUCUGAAAACACAAGACCUUGGAGCGGAUUUGUGCUUAACAUUUCAAAUGAAACGCGAUACGGUAAUUUUCAUUUGUGCUUUCUCCCAUUUAGUUGGAGUUGUGUGUCCCUCUGCUGCUUAUGCAUGUGCAGGUAUGCCAUACAGUAGAUAUAUAGAGAUAACAUUUAUCUGAUCUGGGCUCACAGAUGACCCGGUGAGGCUGCUUUCAGCUCAGAAGAUAUUUUUGUUAUCUGUAUUUAAACAUGAUCUUAGGAACAUGCAGCAGAAACAUACUGUCUGUCCUCAACACAACAAAAUGCCACUAUGAUUGUGGCCAGAAAUGUUAGUUGAUUCAUGUGGGAAUCACCAAAUUUCUCAGCAAAGCUUUAACAGAUACAAAAUCACUCCAUAAAUUUAGACGUUCCGGCUAUUUAAAGCGAUUCCGAGAGCGAUUAGACUCAUGCACACUUUUUUGCAGCGUGCUUGGAGGACUGCUUUUGUACUUCCAAGGUCUCAGCUGUGUGAAAAAAAAAAAAAGAAGGCAGAAAAAUAACAGAUGACAAGAUGACAGACAGCCCGGUCAGUUGAGAGAAGUUAGCAGGUCAGCGUGGGGUUCAGCAGAGACCUUCGCUUUGGCUCUAACAGGCGCCGGCAGUGUGGCUGAGAAAGUGGGCGGUAAUUACAGCCGAGCAGGAGGGGAAGAUGUUCUCCUGCAGAGAUGAAAAUGCACACAGCAAACACACAAAGACACACACUUGCGCACACGCACAGCGCUCAUUCCAAAACUGAUAAUGAGCAUCUAAUGAGCGGUGAUGUCAUUACCACGAAAACACAGCUGCCUGCUACUGACUCGCUUUCCUUCUUCUUCUUAUCUGUCCACAACCGCUCGCAGUUAAUUAGCCUGCAGAUACAUGAUGCUCUUUUCCUCUUCACUUGUUGUAUUUUUAACCAUAGUAAUAACAUAUUAGCAGUUUGGUAAAGUGAAAAGACGAAUAUAUUUAUAUAUAUAUAUGUUGGCUAAAGCUGAACUAAUUGGCACAAAUCUGAUAUUUAAUAAGCUUUAAAGUGCAGCUUAAUUGCAGCGGAAGCUCUGAAAAGGUUAUUUCAGGUAGACUGCCCCUCUUCUGAACUGCCUGCUGCACUUUCUGCCUCUUAAAAGUGCAAUCCCAGCAGGACAUCCAAUAUUUCGGAGGGAUGGCACAAGGUCAUUUAUAAAUUCUUUCUGGGUUAAAAUGGGAUGAAAACAUUUGGGUGAGUAUUGUCAGGAGGAUAUGGCCCAGAUACAUGAUCAGCGUGAUGCCAAAAGUUAUUCUUUUCAAGCAAAUAUUAAUAUCGAAGAAAUGUAAAAAAUGCUACCAGGUCUGUAAAUGAAAAAGAGGGUUUUACUCAGUUUAUUGAACAAAAUAUUUUACAGUAUCUUGGAUAUACAUAUAUACAUAUUAUCUUGUACUGUGUAACACGGUUGAUGAACCCCUGCAGUGACACUGAUUGCAGCGCUGUGCCUCCAAAACUUCAAUGGAUGUUUUUUUUUAAGGAAAUAGUAAGACAUCAUUGACUUUCAAACACAUUAUACAAAUCUUAAUAUAGAAAGCACAAAAAAUAAGAAUUUAUCCGUGAAAAGUACCCACUCUUAGGACAGAAAUUCUUCUUACAAAAACAACUUUUACAUUAUUUUUCAUUUUUUUUUCUUUCUUUGUAUUUAUUUUAUUUAUUUUUUGCAGUUACAGUAUGCAGGUAAUAAAUAUACCUGGAAUUCCCUCUGGGUUUUUUUGUGGUGUCAUUCACCUUUCCUCUGCAGGGAAAUCACCAUUUAAGGACUUAUUCUAGAACAAAUAAAGUA